AAAACCCCAGCCCCCAUGGCAGCAGGGUUUUUGAGCCAUAGCUGCCACCCAAUAGCUGUCGAGUCUUCGUCCCUCACUUCCACUUCCCUCACAAUCACAAACAACCCUUUAAGGCGGCUACACACACCAUUCCACUUCUAUGAAUUUGAAAGCUUCUCCCCCACCCUCUUCUUCUUCCUCCAACCUUCAAUUCCAUUCGAACUUCAAUUCCACUGCAACUACUAUCCCGUGAAAUUUGAUGUUCAACCCCACCAGUUCCCUCAACACCAGACUCCUCCCUCUCCAAAAACCCCUCUCUUUCCAUCCCACCCACUCAGGCAUUUCAUCAAACAUGUGGCGGAGCAUUGCCAGACAAGCUUAUAAGGGCUUUCGGAUUCGCCUGCACCCACCUCUCAUUCUUCCUCAAGCUUCCAUCUUUCCGGCAAGUGAGGCGAUUCUAUGCCACCCCAGAAAGUUAAUUCGAAAUGGGCAUGUUGAAAAUUCUCAAUUUCACAUGGUGGGAAGGGGAGAAGCUUGGUUUCAGUUUGGUGUUAAAGGGUAUGCCGGUGUUGCUGAGCCGGUUUCUUCCACGGACGCGGAGGAAGAAGCUGAAGCUCCUCCUGUUGAUGAAGUUCAGGAACUGUUGCAGGAGAUGAAGAGAGAAGUGAAGAGGCAAGGGGUUGGUUUUAGGUGGCAGGGUGGUGUGAAUUCGAGUCGGGGCAUGGCGGAGUCGAAGUACAAGGAGCUGAGGAGAAGGCAGGUUAAGAUUGAGACUGAGGUUUGGGAGGAGGCUGCUAAGGAGUAUAAGGAGCUUCUGAUGGACAUGUGUGAGCAGAAGCUGGCGCCUAAUUUGCCAUACAUGAAGUCCCUCUUUCUUGGCUGGUUUGAGCCUCUGAAGGAUGCCAUUGCCAAGGAGCAGGAAAUGUACCGGAGCGGGAAGAACAAGACGGUCUAUGCACCUUACUUUGAUCAGUUGCCUCCGGAGAAGAUGGCUGUUAUCACAAUGCAUAAGUUGAUGGGGUUGUUGAUGAGCGGAACUGAGCAUGCCACCGUAGGCACUGCCAGGGUUGUGCAGGCUGUCUGCAGCAUAGGGGAUGCCAUUGAACAGGAGGUUAGAAUACACAAGUUCUUGGAAAAAAAUAAUAAUAAAAAGCGUAAUAAAGGCAAGAAAAAAGAAGCAGGUGAGUCUGCAACUGAAAUCAAGGAAGACGAGAAGCUGCGGAAAAAAGUCAUUGAUUUAAUGAAAAAGCAAAAGAUUGCCGCAGUGAGGGGGAUAAUGAAGGACCAGAAUGAUACAAAACCAUGGGGACCAGUUAUGAGGACAAAGGUAGGAAGCCGUUUAGUUGAGCUCCUGAUGCAAACAGCAUAUAUACAACCACCAUCAGACCAAAUAGUGGAUGGCUCACCUGAUAUCCGUCCUGCAUUUGUCCAUUCAUUUAGAACAGUGACAAAAGAGGCAAAGAAAACUGGCAGAAAAUUUGGUAUUAUUGAAUGUGACCCUCUAAUUCUUAAAGGGCUUGACAGAAGUGCAAAAAAUAUGGUCAUUCCUUAUAUGCCCAUGUUGGUUCCGCCAGUCAACUGGACAGGUUAUGAUAAAGGUGGACACCUAUUCUUGCCCUCCUAUGUCAUGCGUACUCAUGGAGUCAAGCAACAACGUGAGGCUGUUAAGAGAGCCCCUAAGAAGCAGCUUGAGCCUGUAUUUGAGGCUCUGGAUACUCUUGGGCAUACGAAAUGGAGGGUAAAUAAAAAGGUACUGAGUGUUGUCGACAGGAUAUGGGCUAGUGGAGGCCGUCUUGCUGAUUUGGUAGACCGUGAUGAUGUUCCUUUACCUGAGGAACCCGAUACUGAUGAUGAAGCACAGAUAAAGAAAUGGAAAUGGAAGGUCAAAUCUGUGAAGAAAGAGAACAGGGAGAGAUAUUCACAACGUUGUGACAUAGAACUUAAACUUGCUGUAGCACGAAAAAUGAAGGAUGAAGAGGCUUUUUACUACCCGCACAAUGUUGAUUUCCGAGGGCGUGCAUACCCCAUGCACCCACACUUAAAUCACCUUGGGUCAGAUGUAUGCAGGGGUAUAUUGGAAUUUGCAGAUGGGCGCCCUCUUGGAAAGUCUGGCCGACAAUGGCUGAAGAUACACCUGGCAAAUCUAUAUGCUGGCGGUGUUGAUAAACUAUCUCUUGAAGGUCGUGUAUCAUUCACCGAAAGUCAUGUGGAUGACAUAUUUGAUUCGGCAGACAAACCUCUUGAAGGGAGGCGGUGGUGGUUGAAUGCCGAAGACCCAUUCCAGUGUUUAGCUGUGUGCAUAACUCUAACUGAAGCUUUAAGAAGCUCUUCACCAGAAACAUUCAUUUCACAUAUUCCAGUGCACCAGGAUGGCUCUUGUAAUGGCUUACAACAUUAUGCUGCCUUGGGAAGAGACAAGUUAGGUGCUGCUGCUGUCAAUCUAGUUGCAGGAGAGAAGCCAGCAGAUGUUUACUCAGGAAUAGCAGCUAGGGUAUUAGACAUCAUGCGAAGUGAUGCACAGAAAGAUCCUGCAAUUUUUCCUGAUGCUCUACAUGCAAGAACUUUAGUUAAUCAGGUAGAUAGAAAAUUGGUUAAGCAGACAGUGAUGACAUCAGUAUAUGGUGUCACUUACAUUGGAGCACGGGAACAGAUAAAGAGGAGGUUGAAAGAAAGGGAUGUCUUUUCAGAUGAUACAAAGCUCUUUGGUGCUUCUUGUUAUGCUGCAAAGGUCACCUUAACUGCCUUAGAGGAGAUGUUUCAAGGGGCACGAAGUAUCAUGAAUUGGCUUGGUGAAUGUGCAAAAGUAAUUGCAUCUGAAAAUCAACCGGUGCGCUGGACCACUCCUCUUGGACUUCCUGUGGUGCAACCUUACCGUAAACUUGGAAGGCACAUUAUCAAAACUUCACUUCAGAUGUUGACAUUACAACGAGAAACAGACAAGGUCAUGGUCAAGCGGCAGAGGACAGCAUUUCCGCCAAAUUUUGUUCACUCACUUGAUGGUUCUCAUAUGAUGAUGACUGCAGUUGCCUGCAAACAAGCAGGCUUGGCUUUUGCCGGGGUCCAUGAUUCAUAUUGGACGCAUGCGUGUGAUGUGGAUGAUAUGAACAGAAUACUGAGAGGGAAAUUUGUAGAACUCUAUGAGACCCCAAUACUGGAAAAUUUAUUGGAGGGCUUUCAGAAGUCUUUCCCAUCAUUGUCAUUUCCACCCUUGCCUGAGCGGGGAGACUUCGACUUGAGAGAAGUUUUAGAUUCACCGUAUUUCUUCAACUGAUCCUGAUCCGCUGCCUUCUCUAAAGCUCGGCCGCCGGUCUUUUAGGGCUUGCUGACAAGAGUUAUGUAGGAGCAUAGCCAGGACCAUGGAUCUUUUGAAAGUACUCAUUACAGUGGCUACUGCAGUGGCUGUAUUUAUCUUCAAAGGCAUUCAGUCAGGGCCUUGAGGAGGAGGAUCCUUGUGGUAUGAUUAUUUAUUCACCCGCUAUCUAGAUUUUUGAAGUGCGGAUGAUUUUUUGAGGGUAUACAUGCUUUACAAGAUAGAAGCUGAUGCGAUAAUCAGGGUGUUCUAAAGGGAAAGCCGAGGAUUGAAAUUUUGUAUUCAGUUACUGCAGCAUGAACAAUUAAUUUCAUUAAUUAGUUGAAGACAUGGGGGCUUCAUUCACAAUUUGAUCGCCGUGGAAAUUAUGUGAUGGAUAGCUGCAUAUCAACAGAGAGUUCUGCACUGUACAAGUUUUUUUUUUCUCUUGUAAAUAUUAUAGAAGAUGCAUUUGUUUUGAAUUUUGUACCCACAUGAUUUAUAGUAUAUGUAUAAACAUUAAGCUCAUUUCGCAAAAAAAUUCAAGCUAAUGAAAUUUAGUGACUGC